GUAUGCGCUUCUGCAAACCGAACGCAUCGUGUGCUUUUUCGUAUCGGAUCACGCACGAAGCCGCGGACACCAGACGCACCCACGCGCCUUUAACGCAACGACACGGGGCUCCGGUGCGGGUUUGAAUGCGGCGUCCGUGCGGCUUCGUGUGACGGCGGACACCCCCGCGGCGGCGCAGAUGGUUGGGUCUGUAGUAGGUGGGACUGAGGUCUGCAGCAGGACGUCGUAGAUCAAUGAACCGGACCGGAGAGCUGCUCCAUCUCCUGCAUCUGUCCCCAUAGAUGUGUCACUCCACCUAUGCAGGAUCUAUUUCUUAGUAAUCAACCAUCCUCAGUAUGAUCUGAACCCACCGGCUCAUUCACAGUUCUCCUCUCGUCGCUUGGAUUCCGUCUCCUCUCUUUUUGCGAUUUUUUUAUUUGUGGCGGAGGGGGGGAGAAAAAUAUCAUCUGUAACCUCCAGGAUGAUCUUUGCAAACACGGGCAACCCGCUGAAGACAGCCAAUCGUAAGCAGUCGUACCCCAUGACUCCGUCCAGUCCCGGCAGCAGCAGCAACAGCAGCAGCACAGGCCUGGAGCAGCUCAGCAAAACUAACCUGUACAUCCGCGGCCUGCCUCCCGCCACUACAGACCUGGACCUGGUCAAACUCUGUCACCAGUAUGGAAAGAUUCAGUCAGCAAAGGCAAUCCUGGACAAGACAACCAACAAAUGUAAAGGUUACGGCUUUGUGGACUUUGACAGCCCAGGAGCUGCUUUAAAGGCUGUACAUGCUCUGAAAACCAGCGGCAUACAGGCCCAGAUGGCCAAGCAACAGGAGCAGGACCCAACAAAUCUUUACAUUUCCAACUUGCCUCUCUCUGUGGACGAGAAGGAGUUGGAGAACAUGCUGCAGCCGUUUGGCCAGGUCGUGUCCACGCGGAUCCUCCGAGACUACAGCGGCAACAGCCGAGGUGUGGGCUUCGCCAGGAUGGACACAACGGAGCAGUGUAACGCAGUCAUCACCCACUUUAAUGGAAAAUUUAUCAAGAUAGCUACUGGAGGUCUGGCUCCUCCUCAGCCGUUGCUGUGUAAGUUUGCAGACAGUCAAAGGAAGAAACACGCUCACAGUGGAUUCGCUCCCAACGGACAGACGGGGGAUUUUAGACUAGGUGCCAUGACUCUCACCUAUGACCCCUCCUCCGCAGCUAUACAGAAUGGGUACUAUCCUUCUCCGUAUCCAGUGACCAACAGGAUAAUGACUGUGCAGCCUGCGAUGUCUCCAUACAUGUCUCCAGUCUCUGCUUACCAGGUACAGAGUCAUUCUUGGGUGGCGGCUCAUCAACCAUACAUCAUGCAACACCCGGCUUCUGUGAUGUCUCCCUCUGUGGAUCCCUCCAUGUCACUGCACCCCUCAGCCAUGAUUACUCAGCAGAUGGGACAGCUGUCGUUGGGAAACACUGGAGCGUACAUUACUGCCAACCCUGGUGUCCAGGGAGCUUACAUGUCUCAGUAUCCUCCCAUGCAGGCACCACCUGAAAAUGGCACGCCACAGCAAGUGGACUCUUCUAACAACUCAUCUCCUUACAGUCAGCUCAGCAAGUAAUCACAGGCUGUUUCACUUCACUCUGUGAGCCAGACGGCAGGUGAGAAGUUGCUGAUGACAUCACAGUGCAAGCAGUCACCGCCUUCUCUGAUUGGACCAGACACAUGAACUUUUUUUGCACAGCCCCAACGUUUGUGGUGGAAAUGAGGACAGUGUAAAUGGACUCAAGCAGUCGGCUAAUCACAGAAAAAAAAAAAACGAGAUUUAUUUUGAUAAGAAACAACAUGCUCUUCUUUUUCUCUUUUUUUCAUGGAUCCUCGAAACCAAUACCAGAGGAUCCCCGGCCUCUCCCGUCCUUAGCCACCCCCACUUCCACCCCCCCUUCCACCUCCCCACCCCCACACCCUAGUAUGAUGGGAUAUAAAAAUGCAUGAGAUUGAGCUACCCCCAAACCCCCUCCCCCUUCAAGGGUUCUAUGAUUUUAUAGUUCCUUUAUUUGUGAUGUAUGGAAAAACCUUGCAAAACGUUGUUUGCACUGAAGUUUCAUGUUUCCGAAUAGCUUUUUUUUUCUUUUAUGAUGUUUUUGGGUUUUUAAAGUGGCCACAGAAAAGCUCACAGAAUCAAUUUAUGCUCAACUGUACUUGACAGCUGACACAGGUGACCAUUUCAUUAGGGAAUUAAUGAAUUUAUUAUUGGAAACGGUGCCUUCCUUCCUCACGUCACAUCAAACAUCCUCCGACAUUUUCUUUUUCAUCAAACUUGAUCAGGUGUCAUAUUUCUAAUAUUUCUAUCUGAUUGAUUAAAUGUGUGUGUGAAAUCACAGAGAUUUCUAUUGUUCGAGUGUUUCGCUAUCGAGUUAUGUGAUAGCAAUAAAGACAAUGAGAAUCCCAUGGCAAUACUAAGAAAACAGAACGGUGGUAAACUCAGAGCAAGGUAAUUCCUUAUUCUCACUUUUCUUUUCUUUCCUUUUUUUUUUAAUUUUUCAACUUUAGGAUGACAUGAAACAAGAGCCGUACUUUUAUGAAAUUACACGUUUUACACCCAGUGGGCAUCUUUUAGGAGUUUUGUUUUUUCUCUUGUGGUCAGCUUGACCAAGUGAUCUACCUCAUGGUUCUGCCAGAGCCGGCUGGUGUUGUGGGGUUUGCAGGUAAAGCCCCUUUUUCAUCAGCGUGGACGAAGCAGAACAAAAAGCCACGCUCAGGAGCUGGCUGAAUCGGACUUGUACCGUUUUUUGUCUCCCACGCGCAGCAUUUCUCUCAGAAACUUUGUGCUUCGCCUCGUCUUUAUUCGUCACCACAUCUGUCCCGGUUGUUUCUUGUUUUUGCACGACGUGAUGAGUGUUGUUCGGUUGUGAUGCUCCAUUUUAGAGAUUCAGAAGUAAGACAACUACCUGCUUCUCCCCAAAAGUAGUUGGUCUACUGUGUGUUUGAAACAAAUGAAUGCAGGCUUCAUGCAUUCAUUUGCCUUUGCCAUUUUAGAGAGAUCUUAGAUGACUCACCACUUUCCCAUCACCUUUUGUGUUCGCCCUUUAAGGAAAAUCACUAAUCCUGGGUUACGACGGUAAAUCUCUCCAGAUUAACCAGAUUAAGGUGAUUUGGUUAUAAAAUGCUGAACAAUCUGGAAGAAUUAAAAAAGUAACUCAAAUCUUGCCUGCUGCAAAAUAAACUGCAACAAUCAUGCAUGAAAAUCAGCAGUAUUUCAUUUUAAUUUGAUGGAAGUUGAAACUCACAUGGCUGAUGACAUGUGUUUAAAAGGUUGAAUAAAUUAUUUACAUUUAGGGCCAAGAGUGGAAAAAAGUGGGUUUUUUUCCUUGCUUUUUUAAAAUUUUCUUUAAAUUUAUGAUUUCCAAAUUAAGAAAUUGACUGAGAAACAAGAUGUAUGGUCACAGCUGCAUGGUCACGGUGCUUCUCCUCAAUCGGUUGUACUGUAGCUGUAAAUGCUCACAGUAGGAAAAUACAAGCAGUAACAGGCUCUUUUUUACUGAGUGUACUGUCUUAUUCUGAACACUUGUUGCUGGAACAAAACAAAAAAAAAGGAAAAAUAUAAAAAGAAAAUGUUCAUGUUAUCCUCAUUGCUUCCCCGGUCACCUUCAGCUGAUUCUCAAACAAUCUUCUCCUCGCUCUCCUUUGAAAAGACUGGAAUAAAAUCAGUGCUUAAUAAAAGGCUCUUCUCUUUCUCA